AUGCCCUAUGAGCCCCUUCCUUCACUCUUUCCAGGCACUCUUGAGGAGGAGGUGGAGGAGGAGGAAGUGGCCGCACCUCCUGCUAUGCCCUAUGUCCCUACCUCAAUCCCCACCCCACCUCCUCCUACAGUGUACCCUCGUGUGGUACCUCCUACCGCGCCUCCUCCAUCCUCACCCCCUUUGGCUUCCCCUCCUCCUCCUAUCAUCCCCUCUCCCCUCCCACCCUCCAUCCCUCCUGCCCCUGCUCCACCCUCCUCUUCGUCUUCCACGGCGCCGCCCGUUGGUGAGGGGGGGACAGUGGUGCCGCCGUCUGGAGCAGCAGACAGGGGAGUAGCAGAUUGGGGAGCAGCAGAUAAGGGAGGAGCAGAUUGGGGAGCAGCAGACAGGGGAGCCGCAAACAAGGGAGCAGGAGAUGUGGGGAAUUAG